AUGGCGUCCGUGACAACGUCUGCGCAAGCGGUGGCGAGAAUCGCCUAUGUUGCGAGCGAUGUUGUCCUCUCUGUCCAGCCUUCUCUCCAGGCUGAUUCGCUCUUCUCCAACACAUUGCAUACCCUAGCAAAGGAAGAUGCUCCUAGCGUCCUCCUGAAGGGUUCACCAGAGGUCCGAGCAGUCCGCUUCAAUGAAGAUCCCCUUCUCUCGGCUUUCACCCCGGUGCAGUCGGGCAAGCUUGUCACCAUUACGACCUCUUCAUCCGUGCUCUUGACAUCGAUUCCCCAUCUCUACCGUCUUGCUAGCCAUCCAGUGGUGAUUCAUGUGGCCGUUGAAUCCUCGCCAUUCUCAGACUUUUCUGCUAUCAGUUCCAUACGCCAGUGUGGAUUCACUUUCCUUCAGUCAGAAACCUUGCAGGAAGGUCAAGAUAUUGCCUUGACUGCCCAUGCCCUGGCUCUCAAAUCUGGAAAGGGUGUCAUUCACUUUUUCGACCCGGCAAACUCUGCAACCGACGAUGCCAUUCUCCCAGAGGAUCACGAUGUUGUGAAGAAAGUCUUGAACGUGGAUGCUAUUAGACCGUCGCACACUCGCCCGGCCGAAGACGAGACAUUAUAUGCUGACUCGGGUCGGCUGGCAACAGUGCCUGAAGAUGUUGUUGAAAGAGUCUCGAGAACGGAGACAGCUCCCGCUGAUCAGCUCACAUCCACCGUCGCAUCUGCCUUUACUUCUCAGGAUACCUCGUCAGUGGGAUCUUCCCGUCGAGACAGCAGCAUUGACAGCCACGCCAUGAGCUCAGCUGCCACCACUGUCGAUGGUUCUGGCGUUAGACCAGUCAAUUCCGCCGAUAUUUUCGAGUGGGCUGCCAAUAUCUGGAGCACCCUUGGGGAGAGCGUGGGUCGAAAUUACCGAGCCAUCGAGUAUACUGGCCCGGAAAAUGCUAGCUCUGCUAUCUACAUCUUUGGAUCUACAGGCGUGUUUGUGGAUGCUUUGAGCAAGAACGGCGGUAUCGCCGACCUGGAGAAUGUUGGAAUUAUCACUGCUCGCCUCUAUCGCCCUUGGGUAGGAAGUUUGAUUUCAAACCAGAUUCCACGAUCAAUUGAGCGCAUCGCAGUUUUGGAACAGGUCAAAAAGACUACCAGAUGGGGUCCGUCUUUCUUGGAUCUGCUGUCCAGCUUAACAGCAGGCCCCGGCCAAGCCCGCCCUCCUCGCCUUGUUGGAUACCGCCUCGGUCACGUUGAGUCGGCUACAGUCGUGCAGGCGCUGCGCGGUAUAUUGCAGAACCUGCAAUCCGAUUCUCCCAUUCAGAACCUUGAGGUUGGAAGCCACCAGGAGGCCUCGGUUCAAAAGGGCCUCGAGCAACCCGCCAUCGAAAAUGCCUACACUAAGAUCCUGGAUCAACUAUUCAGUAAGCGUCUCUAUGUUGCAAACCAGCUGGCUGCAAGCAACGCUGGAAUUUCCGCAACAAUUGCUGCUACCCCUGAAUAUGGAUUCGGAUCUUUGAUCGCGAGAUCAGAGCACCGGGAACGCUUUAUCGGUGAAGUCGAACAGGCCGCUAAAUCGAAAACAUUUGCCACCGACAGACCGCAAACUUGGCUCUCUAAGUGGGCUUUGAAUGCUCGUGACACUGUCAAAGCCAACAGUAUCGCUGAAGAUGUCAUUGGCCGUCUGACGAUGGAUGGAUCCAAACUUGCGAGAACCCUGCUGGAGGACCAGAAACUUUUCUACAAGGAAUCGCAGUGGCUGAUCGGCUCUGAUGCUUGGGCUUCCGAUCUCGGCAACUCUGGUGUUCACCACGUUCUUGCAUCCGGAGCCAAUGUCAACAUGCUCAUCAUCGACUCCCAGCCAUACUCAGAGCAUGCGGCCGCCGAUGCAACUCGCAGAAAGAAGGACAUUGGUCUUUACGCCAUGAACUUUGGCAAUGCUUAUGUUGCUUCAGUUGCCGUGUACGGUUCUUAUACCCAAGUCUUGCAGGCAAUGGCCGAGGCUGACCAACACGAGGGUCCCUCGGUUGUCCUUGCCUAUCUGCCCUACAACAAGGAAAACGACUCCCCAUUGACUGUCCUUCAAGAAACCAAAAAGGCUGUGGAUAUUGGCUACUGGCCGCUUUACCGAUGGAACCCGAGCAGUGACGAUGGCGAGCCCAAGUUUUCGCUUGAUUCCGAGCGCAUCAAGCGUGAGCUUGAGGAAUUCCUUCGCCGCGACAAUCAGCUGACCCAGCUUAUGCGCCGCCACCCUAAGUUCGCUAACAACCUUUCCGAGUCCUACGGAUCUGAAGUUCGUGCUCUACAAAAACGCAAGGCCAAGGACUCAUACGAGAAAUUGCUCGAAGGACUUUUCGGCGCUCCUCUUACAAUUCUCUUCGCUUCCGACAAUGGUAACGCUGCAAACAUUGCCAAUCGUCUAGGCAACCGUGGUCGUCUCAGGGGCCUCAAGACUAUCGUGAUGGCAAUGGAUGAUUAUCCUAUUGAAGACCUUGCUACUGAGGAGAAUAUCGUCCUCAUCUCGAGUACUGCAGGCCAAGGUGAAUUCCCUCAAAACGGCCGCGCCUUCUGGGACGUUAUCAAGAACUCGGGUGAUCUCGACCUCUCUUCCAUUAAAUAUUCCAUUUUCGGUCUCGGUGAUAGCCAUUAUUGGCCCCGCAAGCAAGACAAGAUCUAUUACAACAAGCCCGGCAAAGAUCUUGAUGCAAGAAUCUCCUUUUUGGGUGGCCGCAAGCUUACCGACAUUGGACUUGGUGAUGACCAAGACCCAGAUGCUUUCCAGACUGGUUACGCCGAGUGGGAGCCUCGUCUUUGGCAAGCUUUGGGUGUGGAUAACGUUGAGGGUCUGCCUGAUGAGCCUCCCCCAUUGACAAACGAGGAUAUCAAGAUUGCUUCCAACUAUCUGAGAGGAACCAUUGCCGAGGGUCUUUUGGACGAGAGCACCGGCGCCAUCUCCGCAAGCGACUCGCAACUCACCAAGUUCCACGGAACCUAUAUGCAAGAUGACCGUGACUUGCGCGAUGAACGCAAGGCUCAGGGUCUCGAGCCUGCCUACUCUUUCAUGAUCCGUUGUCGUCUCCCCGGUGGUGUCGCUACUCCUAACCAGUGGCUGCAAAUGGAUGCCAUCAGCAGCGCUCACGGAAACGAGACAAUGAAGCUCACGACUCGUCAGACAUUCCAGUUCCACGGUGUCAUCAAGAGCAAGCUCCGAUCUGCAAUGCGCGCUAUCAACAAGUCUUUGAUGACCACCAUUGCGGCCUGCGGUGAUGUGAACCGUAACGUCAUGUGCAGCUCCCUUCCAGAGCUCUCUGGAUACCACAGAGAAGUUCACGCCAUCUCGCAAAAGAUCUCGGAUCAUCUGCUUCCUUCUACCACGGCCUACCACGAGAUUUGGCUAAAGGAUGAGGACGACAAGAAGGUGCUUGUCGCCGGAGAUGCGGUUCAGGAUCACGAGCCUUUGUACGGUCCUACCUACCUUCCUCGUAAAUUCAAAAUCACAAUUGCCAUUCCGCCUCACAACGACACUGAUGUCUAUGCCCAUGACGUCGGACUUAUCGCGAUCAAGGGUGCUGAUGGGCACUUGGAAGGCUUUAACAUCCUUGCUGGUGGUGGUAUGGGUGUGACUCACAACAAUAAGAAGACAUAUCCUCGCGCUGGCUCUAUGUUCGGAUUUGUCCCUGCUAACCAGGCACACAUUAUUUGUGAGAAGAUCAUGCUUGUUCAGCGUGACUUUGGUGACCGUAAGAACCGAAAGCACGCUCGUCUAAAGUACACAAUCGACGACAUGGGCGUUGACGUUUUCAAGGGCAAAGUGGAGGAACUCCUUCCUGCUGGUGUUUCCUUCGCCGAGCCUCGUCCUUUCAAGUUUGCUUCCAACGUUGACACUUUUGGCUGGCAAAAAGAUGAGACGGGUCUUAACCACUUUACCUUUUUCAUUGAGAAUGGCCGUAUCGAAGACACUGCCGACUUCUCCAUGCGAACCGGCUUGCGCGAACUUGCCAAGCUUGACAAGGGUGAAUUCCGUUUGACCGGUAACCAGCACUUGAUCAUAUCGAACAUCAAGGAUUCGGAUCUCCCCGAGAUCAAGACCCUACUGGCCAAGUACAAGCUUGACAACACCGCUUUCUCGGGUCUUCGUCUCUCUUCUUCGGCAUGUGUCGCUUUCCCUACCUGUGGCCUCGCCAUGGCCGAGUCGGAACGUUACCUGCCCGAGCUCAUCAACAAACUCGAAUCGACCCUCGAAAAGAACGGCCUGUCAAAGGAAAGCAUCGUGAUGAGAAUGACCGGCUGCCCCAACGGCUGUGCGCGCCCCUGGCUCGCCGAAGUCGCGUUUGUCGGCAAGGCCUAUGGCGCUUACAACAUGUACCUCGGUGGCGGUUACCACGGACAGCGUCUGAACAAGCUGUACCGGUCUUCCAUCAAGGAGGACGAGAUUCUCGAUAUCAUGAAGGAUCUCCUCAGGAGAUACUCUCUCGAGCGCAAGACUGAUGGCGAGAUUCCUGAGCGAUUUGGCGAUUGGUGUAUCCGCGCCGGAGUCAUCAACGAGACGACCGAGGGCAAGAAUUUCCAUGACAACACUGGCGAAGAGGAAGAAGAUGAAGAAUAG